CGCACAGGAGAUUGUCGAGGCGCUUCAUACAGCAGGGAAGAAAGAGAAGAAAAUAAACAAAUUCAGCCUGCGGUUUUCCGCGUUAAAAACUCGAGCAAGGGGUUUAUUUCUUUCCGACUUCAGCUACAGUGAUAGCUAAGUUUGGAAAGGAGAGGAAAGGGGAGAAAUAUCGGUGCUGUCUUUCUAGGAAAUUAAGGCUACAGUGUGUAUACUGAGAACAGAUCGAUCCUGAAAACCUUUUCUAAGGAAUAUAUAUCUUAAUUUUUUGUAAUUUUUUGAUUGCAAAAAAACUAUAAAUUGAAGUCGAAAUGGAAAACUCCACAUCUAAAAAGUCGUGUUGUGAUACUUUGCGUGACUUUUUCACCUCUCCGAAGUUCCUUAUCUAUGUCGGACAUGCUUUAUCAACCUGGGGGGACCGAAUGUGGAACUUUGCCGUGGCUGUGUUUCUGGUCGAGUUGUACGGAAACAGUUUGCUCCUGACGGCUGUGUAUGGCCUGGUGGUGGCGGGGUCGGUCCUGCUGCUCGGAGCCAUCAUCGGGGACUGGGUGGACAAAAACGCCCGUCUCAAAGUGGCCCAGACGUCUCUGAUCGUCCAGAACUCUUCAGUUAUCCUUUGUGGAAUCCUGUUGAUGCUGGUGUUCCAAUUUAAAGAGCAGCUCACACACAUGUAUAACGGAUGGCUUCUGACGUUUUGCUACAUUAUGGUCAUCACCAUCGCCAACAUCGCCAACUUGGCCAGCACUGCCAUGUCCAUCACCAUUCAGAGGGACUGGGUGGUGGUGGUGGCUGGAGACGACCGCAGCAGCCUGGCAGACAUGAAUGCCACGGUGAGAAUCAUCGACCAGCUGACUAACAUCUUGGCCCCGAUGCUGGUGGGACAGAUCAUGGCGUUCGGUUCCCAUUUCAUGGGCUGUGGUUUCAUCUCGGGUUGGAAUCUCUGCUCCAUGUGUCUGGAGUACUUCCUCCUGUGGAAGGUGUACCAGAAAACACCAGCGCUGGCCAUCAAAGCAGGACAAAAAGACUUCGGCAACCAAGAGAUGAAGCCGCUCAACGUUCAAAAAGAACUGGAGAACGGCGAAGGUCAGGUUGAAGCUUCGCAGCUGAUGAACGAGGGCUCGGCGGUGAAAUCCGUUACGGAGGAGAAGCAGGGAUGCUGCUAUCAGAUGACCGAACCCCUGCGCACCUUCCGUAACGGCUGGGUCGCCUACUACAACCAGUCGAUCUUCUUUGCCGGGAUGUCACUCGCCUUCCUCUACAUGACCGUCCUGGGCUUUGACUGCAUCACCACGGGAUAUGCCUACACACAGGGCCUGAACGGUUCCAUCCUCAGCAUGCUCAUGGGCGCCUCAGCCGUGUCGGGAAUCUGCGGCACCGUGGCCUUCACGUGGGUGCGCAAGAAGUGCGGCCUCGUCCGCACCGGCUUCCUCGCCGGAAUGGCUCAGCUGUCCUGCCUAUUGCUUUGCGUCGCGUCAGUCUUUGUCCCAGGAAGCCCCUUGGACCUAAGCGUCUCUCCGUUCAAGAGCAUGAUUAGCCAUCUCCUAGGGGACAAUGCGCAACUGCCCGAGGCUCCCACCAUGUCCAGCGGGAUCACCACUGAAGCCCAGGACAUGCUCAACUUCACCAUGCAGGCUGAAGAAGUCCCAUACGUUGAAUCCUAUCUGUCCGUCAGUCUGCUUUUUGCCGGAGUUAUUGCUGCUAGAAUGGGUCUUUGGUCUUUCGACUUGACCGUGACCCAGCUCAUCCAGGAGAACGUCGCCGAGGCCGAGCGAGGGAUCAUCAACGGCGUCCAGAACUCCAUGAACUACCUCCUAGACCUUCUGCACUUCAUCAUGGUCAUUCUGGCACCCAACCCCGAAGCUUUCGGUCUGCUCGUCAUAAUCUCCGUGUCCUUCGUCGCCAUGGGCCACAUCAUGUACUUCAGGUUUGCCUUCAAGAGCCUCGGGACCAGGCUGUUCCUGUGCUGUUCGCCCGAGCAGAAACAAACGGACUCAGAUUCUCCCUCGCUUCCAUCCGUGUAAGCCAUUUUGGACAGACGCUGAACACCCCCUAACCCCACCCCCGCUAUGAUACGCCGCCGUAUCACUCCGCGCGAUCGUACUUACCCGGCGUAUUCGCUCGCAUUUACCGUCCUCGCCUCCGAGGCGCUGCGGAAAGGACGCGAAGAAAAAACGAAACAGCGCCAUCACUUGUUAGUUCGCUUUAUCGUCCUGCAUGUGACCUGUAUUUAUUCAGCUUUAGCUAGUGCAUGCUUUAGUCAGUAAAAUUGUUUAGCAACGAAUUGUUACUUAAUGCUUUUUUCCCCCUCCCUCUCACGCAUCAGGGGUAUAGCGUCACGUUCAGGAACACGUCCGAUCUACAACCGGACAUUACGUCCGAUCUACAGUCAGCAUGUCAGCUACGGUGGUGCUAAUGUGUUACUGCGAAAGCUAUGCAGUCUUUCACUCGUGUUUUUUUUUUUUUUCUUUUUCAAUCCAGAGUGCAGGUGAGGGAAAAAAAUCUGUCUUUAUUCUACAUUCCAGGUGUUAUUUGUGAAUAUAAUAUAAUCCUCGCUAUAUAAAUAUAAAACCGUGUAAUAUAUCGCAAAAUAUAAUCAAUAGCUAUUUCUACUUUUUAAACAAUCCCAUGGCAACCUUUUGGCACAGUGCAUUACCUGCUGUAUAUUUCAUUAUUGAGUAAUUAUAGAUAUGACCUCAUGCACAUACACUAUAUUGCCAAAAGUUUGUGGACACCCGAAGAUAAGAUUGGUGUGCGCUUUGUGAACAUCCCAUUCAACAUUUGGUCUUUAUUUGCUCUUAUAGUAAUCUCCACUCUUCCAGGAAGAUGUUCUACUAGAUUUUGUGGAGUUUUGUGUGAGAUUUAUUCAGACACAAGAGUCAGAAGUCAGAUAGUAAUGUAGGGGAGGUUAGGAGGCCUGGGUUGCAAUAUGGUUGGAGCUCUAUAGCAGCAGAUCUUCCACUCCAACCCAUAUAAAGCAGAUCUUCAUAGAGCUGGCUUUGGGCAUUAUCAUGCUGGAAGGGGUUUGGGUCUCCUAGUGCAACUGGAUGGAGAAUCAUAUGCUUGUUUUCAUUAUAAAACGACGUCCUAUACAAUUCGGGGGUAAUAUUUUGGAGACGAAGCACAUACAGGUUGGGAAAAGCAGGUGUCCCAAUACUUUUGGCUAAAUAUUGGAGCAACAUCAAAGUUUUUUUUUUUUACCCCUCCCUUCUUAAUUCUUUUUUCCAAACACGAGCACUUUAAGUGAUUUAAGCGCACCAGUGCACAUUCAGGUCUGUUCAACAUUUUGCACAAGUUUUCCUGCCGGAGCAGAGCACCAGCUUCCCAAAUCCAGCUUUAAUAAUCCUCCAAAAAAAAGGCAUCAGGUAUAGCAGGGGAAAAAAAGUCUUUUCAGCCUUCAUCGGCCUUGCCCGAGUACAAAGUAAACACAGCAUAUUUAUAUUUCGGCGCGGGUUUCAGAGUCUCAUGUCGAACUACCUGCCAAACCGGAAAAGUAUGGACGGAUGAAAUGGUCUGGCUUUUUUCUUUUCUCAUUUUUUUCCCCCUUUCUUUAAAGGUGUUUCUGUGUAAUAACGCAGGUUGAGGAACAGAACGAGUCAGCCGUAGAGGACGUCUGGAGACAGAGAGGGUGUUCUUUGGGCUCAGUGCUGAGUCAGCACAAAAGUAAAACGAAGGGCAGCUGGUCUCUGUGUGCAGACGCAGGCCUUUUUUUUUCCCACCCCGCCCUAAAGACAUGAGCACAUACCUUAAGUUUUUGUUUCAGGAAAAAAAACAAAAAAAAUACAUGUGGCUAUUAUUUACUACUUGGCUGAAUGUUUGUGACAAGAAGAAAAAUGAUGUCUCUUUGUUUUCUCUUUAAUGAUGUCUCUUUUUUUUUUUUUGAUGUGUAAGAUUUUGUUUUUAUAUAUACACAUAAAUAUAUGAAUAUCUAUAUCCUAGUGUUGUAGUGAAAGUUCUUUCUGGUUCUUCCUCCCAAAGUUAUUCCUUGUAAUGUUAUGUAAUAGUGUUAUGAUGAAACAUCUCUGUGUAUCUCUUUGAUGGAGGAACAGCAACCAGCUCAGGAGUCGUAUGUUUCACGUGCUUGCUUUAAAAAAGAAAUUGCAAUAAAGACGUUUUUAUUCAUA